AUGCGAGUGUUCUCUUACAAAAAAAAAACGUUACAAUUGGGAGAUGCUACUGUUGAAUUUGAGAAUGAUGUAUUUGGAAACGUCAAUGCACAAGACUUAACUGAGAGUGAGAAGGAAUUGACAAAUCCAGUUGACUUUGAUCUGCCUUUUAUCGCGAAUGAAUCUAAAUCUGGUCAUUACUUUGAUUUAUCAUCGCGAAAUUCACGUCAUAAUUCAAUUUUGGAGGACGUUGAUUUUGAAGUACAGGCAGAAGACAACGCAGCUGAGCACAUUGACUUUUUGAAAAACAGUAAUGCUAGCGUAGAUCCAUCGUCUUUUGAUGAUACAGUAUUAAUACAUUCAGAUCAACAGGUGGGUAAAGAGUCGCAUUGUAUUGAAGAGAGUCUUUUAUCUUUAGAAAGAGGAUUGGGUCAAAAUGUCUAUGAUACAAGUCAAGCGAAUUUAAAUGAUAAUAAAGUAUUGGAAGAGAAUACUGAAUCUAAUUUAGUAAAUGUAAUUGACAAUGUUUCUGGGCACAACUCAUUGAACUUCGACACGAAUACUUCUGAAAACAGCUUAUCGAGCUUGGAUCAAAAGGGUUCUCAAUCCAAUUUAGCAAGUGCAAUCAAUAAUCAUGCUUAUGGAGAGGUGUUUUGGCUCAUUCUGUUCAUGAAUCUGACCCAACUGAUUCAGCAAACGACAUCAGCAGUGAGGCUCAUCCAAGCCUGA